AUGGCAGCCGUCCCCACCUCCUCCCUCAGCGACAACCAGCGACAGGAGUUGCUGUGUACGUACGCCGCUUUAAUUCUUUCCGAUGAAGGAAUGGAGAUUUCAGCAGAAAAUAUUCAGAAACUUGUUUCUGCAGCAGGAGCCUCUGUAGAACCCUACAUGCCGGGUCUGUUCGCUCGCGCCCUCAAGGGACAUAAAGUAGAGGACCUGAUCACAGGCGCAGGUUCUGCUGCUGCUGCAGCUCCUGCUGCUGCUGCUGCAGCUCCUGCAGCUGCCGGUGGCGGUGCGCCUGCUGAGAAGGGGGGCAAGGCAGCUAAGCAAGAAGAGCCGGAGGAGGAGGAGGAUGCAGACAUGGGUUUCUCUCUCUUCGAUUAA